AUGACUACCAUACAAAUGAUGAGCGAACACAAUGGACCUAAGAUCUCCGAGAAAAGCGCUACCAAGGUUGAUACCCGCGUGCUCUUCAACCUUAACUCAGCCGCCGAAGGAAGAAAAAGGCAGCGAGGACCGAUGGGUUACGAGAUAAAUGGAUUGGCUAGAAAGAAAGAGCCCAAGAAAAAAAGACAGAAUGUCAAACUAUAUAACGAACGCAUCGUGACGGCAAGAUUAAAUUCAAAAUUUCGUAAAAUAUCCAUUGUACAAUACUACGCGCCUACUGAACCCAAUGACGACGAAACAAAGGAUCAAUUCUAUUCCCAACUCGACUCAGUGACACGCUCUCUACCCAAAGGAGAAAUUAGACUUGUUAUAGGAGAUUUCAAUGCCAAGGUAGGCAAUAACAACAAUAAUCUACAAUCAAUCAUGGGAAUGCAAGGACUUGGCCGUACCAUGAAUGACAAUGGCGACAGAUUGGUUGAUUUCUGCGCAAGAAACCGGCUCUUUAUUUUAUUGGAGGCACAAAAUUCCCCCACAUAUACAAAAUAUACUUGGGAAUCACCAGAUAGAAACACCCUUAAUCAAAUCGAUAACGUACUUAUCAUCAAACUCUUUCGCUGA